UAACGUUCAAACAAUCAACUUUGAUGUGUACCUUUUUCGCAACCAAUCUAACGUAAAUUCUGUUAAAAACAAGAAAAUUAAUAAAAUAGAAUUCAAUUCAUAAGAGAAAAGAUCUUUUUGUGCAAAAUAUACGAAAAGGCACGCAAGAAAAAUGAAGGUGAAAAUUAAAAAAUGGGUGAGCGUGGCCACUUGGCGUUGGAUAGCAAACGAUGAUAAUUGUGGAAUUUGCCGAAUGCCAUUCGAGAGCUGUUGUACAGAAUGCACAUUACCGGGUGAUGACUGUCCGUUGGUUUGGGGAGCAUGUUCACAUUGCUUUCACAUGCAUUGCAUCGUCAAAUGGCUCAAUUCGCAACCAAUAGCACAACAGUGUCCAAUGUGUCGUCAGGCUUGGAAAUUCAAUGACAAGUGAUCUCUUUCGAAUAAUUUUUUUUUAAAGAAAAUCAAUUUACAAUAAAGAUAUAUAAGCUAUUUGGUGAAUAAGAAAAUGACAGCCUUUUAGUUUUUCAAAUGUUCCGUAUUAUAAGUCCAAUGAUUUGAGCUGUUUACUGUACUUUAUUGAUUUUACUUUUACGUAUUUUAAAGUGUCUGUUAGUAAUUUAAAAAAAAAAUCUUGUUGAAGCGAUUUCUUACAUGAAAAUAAGCAUGAAUGUUUUGUGGAUUCUUUCUGCAAACAUGUGGUGCAUUCUGAAUGCAUAGAAUUAUACAUACCAUGUAUUUCAGACUUGAACAUCAUUCUUUUCUUAUCAAUCUUGAAUUUGAAAUGCAAUUAAGUAAAGAAGAAGAAGCCGUCGCAGUAAAAACUACAAAAUGAAAUUCACGAACAAAUGUUCUCAUGUACAUAGCGAACAUAUUCGGUUGGGUUAAUUAGCAAUUUAUCAACCAUUUACGACGAACCACUUGCCUAUCAAUGGAAGUCUUUACCAUAUUACUAAAUAUUAUUAGAUACCAUCGUUGUAAUAAAAAUGCGCAAAUUUAUUAGUUA